AUGUCCAACCGCCAGCACCAGCCGCCGCCAAUGCCGGACACGCUCUCCGACGCCUUCGCCGCCGCCGUGCUCCUCUCCUCCAACGACAAGCCCGACACGCUCCCACCAGGCCGCCUCUCCCCGGUCUCCCCCCUCCCACACUCCUCCUCAAAGCACCACACCCCGAGCUCCUCCUCGGGCUCCUCCGGCUCCGUCUCCCGCGCGCCCGCCUUCGCCUCCCGCCGGAGCCACUCAGGCGAGAUCCCACUCCCCUCCGACUGCCCUCCCCGCGGCGCCGCCCGCCCGGGCCACCGCCGCACCGGCUCCGGCCCCCUCAUCUUCACCUCCAACUCCACCUCCUCCGCCACCUCCCCUCUCCCCCACACACUCCCCGCAGGCAACAUCUGCCCCACCGGCCGCCUCGCCAAACCACAGCCCACCCUCUCCACCCCGCCGCCCCCGCCCCCGCCCCGCGCCAUCCGCCACGACGUGCUCGGCUCCGGCACCGGCCACUACGGCCACGGCAGCAUCAUGCGCUCCCGCAGCGGCGGCGUGGCCGCGCCCGAGGAGGACGCCAUGGUGCGGCGCGCCUUGUCCAGCGCCGACCCGGAGGAGCUCAAGCGGGCCGGCAACGAGCAGUACAAGAAGGGGUACUUCGACGAGGCGCUCAGGCUCUACGACCGCGCGCUCGCGCUCUGCCCGGACAAUGCCGCCUGCCGGGCCAACCGGGCCGCCGCGCUCACCGGGCUCCGCCGAUUCGGGGACGCCAUCAAGGAGUGCGAGGAGGCCGUCAGGAUCGACCCUUCCUACGGGCGCGCGCACCAGCGACUCGCAUCGCUACACAUAAGGUUAGGGCACAUUGAGGAUGCUCAGAAGCACCUCUCACUGGCAACCGCGCAGCCUGACCUCCUAGAGCUGCACAAACUACAAACAGUGGAGAAGCACCUGGGAAGAUGUCUUGAUUCACGCAAGGCUGGGGACUGGAAGAGCGUGCUGAGGGAAUGUGAUGCCGCCAUUGCGGCUGGAGCUGACUCCUCUGCUCUGCUCUUUGCCUCAAGAGCAGAAGCUCUUCUCCGGCUCAAUCAGCUCGAUGAGGCUGAUAUGGCCAUCUCUAGUGCUUCCAAGUUGGAUUAUUAUUCUUCAUGCGCCUCAGACACCAAAUUCUGCGGAUUCUUUGCUAACGCGUACCUCUAUUACGCACAUGCCCAAGUUGAUAUCGCACUGGGAAGGUUCGACCAUGCUGUCUCUUCAGCUGAUAAGGCCAGGAUAAUUGAUCCAAGAAAUGUUGAAGUGAUAACAAUGCACAACAAUGUGAAAGCUGUUGCAAGAGCACGAUCUCUAGGGAACGAGCUAUUUAAAUCUGGAAACUUUUCAGAAGCUUGCGUAGCUUAUGGCGAUGGGCUCAAACAUCACCUUGUGAAUCCAGUCCUUCACUGCAAUAGGGCAGCUUGCAGGUUCAAGCUAGGGCAGUGGGAGAAGUCUGUUGAGGACUGCAAUGAAGCCCUCAAGAUUCAACCAAACUACACCAAGGCUCUGCUGAGGCGUGCAGCUUCCUAUGAUAAGAUGGAGCGUUGGGCUGAAUCUGUGAAAGAUUAUGAGGUUCUCAGAAGGGAACUCCCAGGUGACACGGAGGUGGCUGAGGCCUAUUUCCAUGCUCAGGUUGCCCUCAAAUCAUCUCGGGGUGAGGAGGUAUCUAACUUGAAGUUUGGAGGAGAGGUUGAAGCAAUUACAGGAAUGGAUCAAUUCCAGAUGGCUACUUCCUUGCCAGGUGUUUCAGUUGUCCAUUUCAUGACACCUUUGAAUCAGCAGUGCUGCAAAAUUUCUCCGUUUGUGAAUGCACUCUGCAACAAAUACCCAUCUGUUAAUUUCCUCAAGGUGGAUGUGAACGAGAGCCCUGCAGUUGCACGCGCGGAAAAUGUCAGGACGGUUCCAACAUUCAAAAUCUACAAAAACGCCGUAAGAGUGAAGGAGAUGAUCUGCCCCACCCAACAGCUGCUGGAGUACUCGGUGAGGCACUACGGGGUUUAGGCAACGAAGAGCAGUUCCGAAGUUCCCAAGCGCCUCCCGCUCCCCUCGAGCAAACCAUGGGCUAGACCUGGAGCAGAGCCAGCGGAGAUAACCUCCUUGGCGAGCGCAAAGCAUGAAAAGAAGAUGAGAGACAAGAGAGACGAGCAGCUUCCACCUCCGACCCGACCUUUUUUCCAUCCGCGCGACGACGGUCUUCCCAUUUUCGCACCCAUUUGUUGAUUACCAACUUAUUUUGUUCUUCUUCCAUUUUUCCGUGCGUACAUCAUUGUUCCCUUUAGAACAACAAAAACAUUAUCUUCCGAUUCGUGGAAGAGCGACUGUAAAUUUUCUUACUUCCAUGUUUACCGGACAAGCCCAAGGAAAGAAAAAGUAUAGAUGCCAUUUGUACUCUUUAAA